UUUUAUUUAUAAUUGGACGCACAACAAAAGAAGAAGACAAUCCAAAUACCUUUGUGUCCCAUUUUUAUUAAUCAAUCAUGCGACCUACUCAACCACCCCCACCAGCCGCCAACUCCACCACCUCCUCCUCCGCCAUGCCUCCUCCGUCUUCCGUCGGCGGCCAACGGAAUCGUCCUCGCCGUCGUACCGAUUUGACCCUUCCUCUUCCCCAGCGUGACGUUGCUCUUGCUGUACCCCUCCCUCUUCCUCCCACCUCCGCUCCUUCCUCAUCCUCAUCCUCUUCUUCCUCUCCCCUUCCUACCCCUUUACAUUUCUCUGAGCUCGAGCGUCUUAAUCGCAUCGGUAGUGGUACCGGUGGUACUGUUUACAAGGUCCUGCAUCGACCCACCGGAAGACUCUAUGCUCUCAAAGUUAUCUAUGGUAACCACGAGGACUCCGUCCGACUACAGAUGUGCCGUGAGAUCGAGAUUCUCCGUGAUGUUGAUAACCCCAAUGUCGUGAGGUGUCAUGAUAUGUUCGAUCACAACGGAGAAAUCCAAGUUCUUCUCGAGUUCAUGGAUAAAGGGUCUUUGGAAGGGAUCCCUAUCCCUUAUGAGGCAGCUCUCUCGGAUCUAACCCGACAGGUUCUUUCCGGCCUCUAUUACCUCCACAGGCGUAAGAUUGUGCACAGAGAUAUCAAACCCUCUAACCUGUUAAUCAACUCGAGGCGUGAGGUAAAGAUUGCUGAUUUCGGGGUGUCCAGAGUUCUGGCACAAACCAUGGAUCCCUGCAAUUCAUCAGUUGGUACCAUCGCUUACAUGAGUCCUGAGAGAAUCAACACAGAUCUGAAUCAUGGACAGUACGACGGAUAUGCUGGGGACAUAUGGAGUCUUGGGGUGAGCAUCCUGGAGUUCUACUUGGGAAGAUUUCCCUUCGCUGUGGGGAGGCAAGGAGACUGGGCUAGCCUUAUGUGCGCCAUUUGUAUGUCGCAGCCUCCUGAGGCACCACCAACAGCUUCCCGGGAGUUUAGGGAUUUCAUUGCCUGCUGUUUGCAGAGGGAUCCCGCUAGGCGGUGGACGGCAGGGCAGCUCUUGCGCCAUCCUUUCAUCACCCAGAAUAGCCCAGGCACCAACACCGGUAGCAUGCCCCUUCCUGCAACUGCCUCACUGAGUAAUCAGGUCCAUCAGGCACAUCAAUUGCUACCUCCACCUCCUCAUUUUUCUUCUUCUUCUUCUUGACGUUUUAGGUUCGGAGAAAUUCCCCCCCUCCUCUUUUGUUUUACUUAAUUUCUUGUUUUAUUUUGUGUAAUCUUGAAUGUUAUUACUCUCUAUUACGGGGGAUGAUGGAUGGAUGGAUGGAUGGAUGGUGGUGGUGAAAGGGGUGGUUGGAUUUUUAUUUCUGGAGAAAGAAAAAAUUGGACAAGUGGGGAUGGUUUAUCAUAAAGCUAGAGUCUUUCCAUUUUUAAGCUUAUCAACAAUUCUUGUGUUGCACUUUUUUAUCAGGACAAAGGAAAGUAGAAAUUAUGGGUUGCCCCCAAUUAGAGAUUCAAUUAAUGACAUCUGGUUAUAUGUUUCGUCAUUGCAAAAA